AUGAAAGUCCCAUACACAGCCAGCCUCCUUCUCGGAGCUGUCUCUGUCGGCGCUCACAAGUCCACCGAGUACUCCUACGAAUCGACGCAAGAGAACAGUCCUGAAGUCAACGGUCUUGUCUCGGGCGCUAUCCAAUGGCAGUCACCCCCUGUCAAUUCGACUCUUCUCGACCUCAAACCCUUCCGUGUGACUUGCACUGGCAACAAAUGGAGACGCAAUUGCGAGUACGCCACUGACGGCAAGGGCGACACCUAUUGGGAGAGUGACACUCAAGGCAACGGACAGCCGUGGAUCUCAGUUGAUCUCAAGGAGAUUCACUAUGUCAGCGGCUUGACAAUGCUGCCACGCUUGGAUGAAAAUGCCACCGAGGGUCAGAUCUCCGAACACUUUGUUUAUCUGAGUAAGAAUGGGCUGGAUUGGGGCGAGCCAGUAGCUUACGGCACAUGGGGAAAGAACAAGGGCAUGAAACUUGCUGCCUUCAAUCCCACAGCUGCGCGCUAUGUGAAACUUGUCGCUGAGACUCCAGCAAAAGACCCCGACUACCCUCAGUGGCGUGACCCUGCUAUGAUUGUCAAUCUUGGUAUCUACGCUACCGACUAUACCCUCGCCAUCGAGCCUGGCAAGGGUGCCUGGGGUCCAACUCUCGAUCUACCCGUUAUCCCUGUCGGUGCUGCUCAGGAGAGGAACGGUGAGAUCAUUCUCUGGUCUGCUUGGGCAGAUGAUCAGUUCUUUGCCUCGCCCGGUGGUAAAACCCUCACUACCACCUGGAGCCCCAAGGCCAAGUCUAUUAAACAGACUGUCGUCGCAAACACCCAACAUGACAUGUUCUGCCCGGGCAUGUCCAUGGACUUUGACGGAAAUAUUGUCGUUAGUGGUGGUGGAGAUGCCGGCCGAACAAGCAUUUUCAAUGGAUCGGGCUGGGAAUCUGGCCCUGACAUGCGCAUGCCUCGAGGAUACCACGCAACAACCACCCUGUCCGACGGUCGGAUCUUUGCCAUCGGUGGCUCUUGGAGCGGCGGUAACAAGGCUGAGAAGAACGGCGAGGUGUACAACCCCCAUAAAGGAAAAUGGUACACUCGCUCCGGAGCAAGAGUCAACGACAUGUUGACCAACGACCGAUUGGGUCGCUGGCGCGCCGACAACCACGCAUGGCUAUUUGGAUGGAAGGAUGGAAGUGUCCUCCAGGCCGGACCCAGUGUGAGAAUGCACUGGUACACUGUCGAAGGAAAGGGUACCACACAAUAUGCCGGACGACGCGGAGAUGAUCUGGAUUCCAUGUCGGGCAAUGCUGUCAUGUUUGACGCUGUUCGCGGCAAAAUUCUCACUUUUGGAGGCCAAGAGUCUUACGAUGGAUCUUUCGGAUCCAACAACGCCCACAUCAUCACCUUGGACACCGCUCUUCAAGACCCUGAUGUGAAGAUUGCUGGACGAGGCAACAACGUGAAUGAAGGCGGCAUGAACUUCCCCCGAGUCUACCAUACCUCUGUGGUUCUUCCCGACGGCAAAGUGUUCAUUGCAGGUGGCCAGGCAUGGGGACAGCCAUUCAACGAGGAGAAGGCUCAAUUCGUGCCGGAACUUUACAAUCCCGAGACUGAUACCUUUGAACUCCUCAACGCCCACAACUUUGUCCGAGUCUACCACAGUAUCUCUAUGUUGCUGCCCGAUGCGACCGUCUUGAAUGGAGGAGGUGGUCUCUGUGGAAACUGCUCUGCGAACCAUUACGACGCGCAAAUUUUCACGCCUCCUUACCUGCUUGAGCCCAACGGUGAAAGAAGAGAGCGUCCCGUUAUCAUCAGCGCUGAUGCCCGAGUCAGCGUGGGCAACGUUUUGACUUUCAAGACCAAAGCCCUCGUUGGAUCAGCGGCUCUUGUGCGACAAGGAACCACCACCCACACUGUCAACACCGACCAGCGUCGUGUGCCUCUUGAUCUGCAGGCUCACGAUGGAAACGUCUUCACUGCACAGCUUCCUAACGAGGCUGGUAUUCUGCUUCCUGGAUGGUACAUGCUGUUUGCCAUGGAUAGUAAUGGCACACCCAGUGAAGCUUCCAUGGUCAAGGUAGAGUUGCCUGAGUAUGCAAUCUCCGAGCUUGAGGAGAUGGAUGCAAAUGAUGUUGAUGAGGAGAUGGAAGGCUAUGGUGUCUACGGCGAGGAGGAUUGCGAUCACAAGGAGAUGGGAGGAACCUUGACUGCCAUUCUGUCCUCGCCUGGCCGAGUUUGGAAGGCGUGGAGCCCCCUUCUGCUUAUGCAAGGUAAUUAG